AAUUUGCAAGAAAUACGCCUAGAAGUAAAUUUUGAAAAAUAUUCGAUAACCCUCGGUAUCGUUGGAGAAUAUUGCCCCAAUCUUGUGGAUGUUAUGGUUGGUGAUGAUUUUGAUAGUGUGGAUGACUUGGUAUCCCUGUUAAAGCAGUCUUUACAUCUUCAAAAACUUACGAUUCGAGGUGGUGCUUCAUCGUUUAAUGGAAUUCUACCAACAUUUAAAGAAUUGAAUGCGAUGGCGAACUUAUGUCAAUUCUCGAUUAAUUAG